ACGGACACACACCACUCACGCUCACACCACCACACAGACACGCGGACGCCGUGAAAAAGCCGACUGACAAGCGGCAUAAACGCCGCUCAGACCACCAGCACCAUCACCACUUGCCUGCCCCCGAGUCUAACAACAACCCUGGUGCUAACCCUGCCCUUGUGUUAUGGUCAGGGUGAGGGUCAGGGUGAGGGUCAGUGUCACCUCCCCCCUCCCCACCCUCCUCCCACUCCCCCCACCAACUCCGCACCCUCCCCACCCCGCUCCCGGAGAGGUCUCCUCGAGCGAGCGAGGGAUCGGUUCUGGUCCAGGGAGGAGGAGACGCGGCCACUAACUCUGCGGGCCGUUCGCUCUUUCACGUCCGUGGUAGUAGCGGUGCUUGGUGGUGGCUGAGGCGUCACAGUCGGCACGAGUCGUCUGUAAGGACGAGAGCAACCUGCGCCACUCACUCACAACUUGCAGCGGCAGCGGCAGCAGCAGCGGCGCCUCUCUCGAGCCUCUUGUGAGUGGUCGUGGCCGAGUCUUUACCCCGAGCAGACGUGAGAGCGGAGGCCGCGGGCAGCGCCGCUGAGGCGCUCCCGGCGGACUCCGCCACCGGGCCCGCGUCCUCGCCCAGGAGGAGCUCCCCAGCCGACUCCAGCCGUGACAUUCCCGUGCUAUGAAGAAGGGUCAUUGCCCGGAACGUCAUCUAUUGUGGGGAUCCCCCCUUUCAGGGCCACACACGCAGUGUUGUUGACGGCCGCGGUGAGUUUGUCCGUGACUGCUGCACCAGUGGCUGCCCCUGCGGUUUACGGCCCGCUCCGUGUCCCAGAGUGGCGAGGAGUGUGAGUGCUGCCGCUACUGCUGAGCGCGUGGCUCCCUCGCGGAGGAGGUGUGAAAAGGAGGAGGAGGAAGGAGAUUAGAGGAGCAGGACACAGCGGGCUGGGACUAAAGUCAAAGAGUAAAGAGGGAGAAGAGAAAGCGGACGAGGAAGAGGAUAGAAGUGGAGAGAGGGCGAGGAGCAAGACGAGGUUUAAUCAGGAGUGGUGCGGGAGACGAGGGCGAGGAGGAGGAGGAGGGGAUUGGAAAAGGAGGAAGACCAAGAGUAAGUCAGGAGACGAGCAGGAGGAGGUGGACCAGCAGUGAGGUGGACCAUGCAUCAUCAGGGCGACGAGCUGGAGAUGGAGGCGAGCCGCUUCCUGCAGGACCUGGACCUGUACGAGGCGUCCAGCCAUGGCUUGUUCAGGGUGGGCAAGGCCGACGCGCCGAGCGCGGGCUUCGAGGAGGCCAGGCAGCGCUUCUCGGGCCGCCUGAGCCUCCAGCCCGACGGGAUAUCAAUGUUGCCACCAUCAUCGCCCUCUUCAUCAGCAGCAGCGGCGGUGUCACCACCAUCAUCACCAGCAGCGGCUGCCCAGCCAGGAGCCGUACCGCGUCGCCUUCCUGCCGACUGGAGCUCUGAGGUCCACGGCUCUGGAGGGCCCGUGGCUCCGGUCAGGAGCGAGGCCUCCAGGGAGAUGGGGCGUCCGGCCUGGGCCCAGCAGCAACGCCACCCCGAGGCGAUCUCGGCUUCUGAGGAGAGUUUCUUCAGGAGCAAGGAGAGGCUCCAGACCGCACCGGUGGAUGGGGCUGUGGUCUUGAGCGAGAACCACCACCAAGGUUCAUUGCGCGAGGGACACCAGGGCAGGUUGAGUGAGGGACACCAGGGGCAAAUGGGUCAGGUCCACCAUGUGAGAUUUAUUGAAGGACAUGAAGGGAGAUUGAGUGCGGCCAACCAGGGACACCAAGGUACAUUGAGUGAUCUCAGCCAGGGUAGAUUGAAUGAGGCCCACCAGGUGAGAUUUAUUGAAGGACAUGAAGGGAGAUCGAGUGAGGGAUACCAUGGGAGAUCCAGUGAGGUCAAUCAGGGUAGAUUAAAGGAGGUCCACCAGGUGAGAUUUAGUGAGGGACACCAGGACAAGUUGAACGAUGUCCACCAAGGAAAGUUAAGUGAGGGACACCACGGUGUGUCGAGUGAGGUCCAGGUGGGAAUGAGUGAGGGCCACCAGAGGAGAUUGAACGAUGGUCAGCAGGUCCAUCCACCGCCGUGCCCUGCACCGCCACCUCUGCCUCAUAAGUGGGGCCUCCAGAGGGCCACAGAGCCAGUGGGCCCUACGGCACCUCCUCACGGCCACAGGUCCGCGAAGUUCACCAUCCCCGUGCAGAACAAGCAGGACUUCAGCAGCAGCACCGAGGAGCGACUUGAGGCCAUGGCCCAGCAGAUCGAGAGUGAACUGGACUCCAAGAAGCCCGAUGAGUACUACGGUAUGUGCGUGAAGUGCAACGAGGGUGUGUACGGGAUGGGCCAGGCCUGCCAGGCCAUGGGCUGUUACUACCACACGCACUGCUUCACGUGCUGCUCCUGCGGCAGACGCCUGCGCGGGAAGGCCUUCUACAACGUCAACGGGAGGGUCUACUGCGAAGAGGACUAUCUGUACUCCGGCUUCCAGCAGAACGCGGACAAGUGCUUUGAGUGCGGCCACCUGAUCAUGGAGACGAUCCUGCAGGCCGUGGGGAAGUCCUACCACCCGACGUGCUUCCGCUGCGUCGUCUGCAACGAGUGCCUGGACGGGGUCCCCUUCACCGUCGACCGCGACCACCGGGUCUAUUGUGUGCAGGACUACCACCGAUCCAGGACGUUCGCCCCGAAAUGCGCGGCUUGCGGCCUCCCCAUCCUCCCUAACCAGGGUUCGGAGGAGGUGAUCCGUGUGGUGUCCAUGGACAGAGACUACCACGUGGAGUGCUACCACUGCGAGAGCUGCAAGAUGCAGUUGAACGACGAGGAGGGGCGACGGUGCUAUCCGCUCGGCGGGCGCCUGCUGUGCCACCACUGCCACCUGCAGCGGAGGGAGCCGGCGGGCGGCAGUAGCGCGUCGCCGUGAACGACGCCGUCUCGCCGUGACCCCGGCGCAGGUCGGCUGCGUGGCCGUGGCCGUCGUCGUCACUGUCGCCGCUCAAUCUUAUACCGGUGCCUCCUCCUGUGCGCUUCAGUCGAACCGCGAGGGAUCCCCGGUGGCAGCUGUCCCUGUGCGGCACAAGAUGAACGCGGCACCGGCCUGCAAGUGGGCGGUCAGCCUGCCAGUGGGGGGCGAUGUUGCUGUGUGUGAAUAGGGAUUCAGUAAUUUGCGAGUAGUUGAUCACAUUUGUGGCGUGGCGGCAGCACGCGUGGCCCACACUUUUGGCCGCCGGCUUCGAAGGUGCAAACCUCUUCUGGCGAACGGCGAACGCGCUACCGCUCGGCUCCGUCACCGCCUCGGUCUCUGGACCGCCGGCAAAAAUGGAGAAAGCGGAAAGAAACGACGCCCCGCCUGCUGCCACCCGGGACGCCGCCCCGUCCGUGCUUCUGGACGGAGGCUCACCCGAUCGCCUCCCUCCGGCUGUUGACCGAGUUAAUUGUCCCGCGGUUGACUUCCUGCCGUGAAUCUGGGAACGAAGUGUGAGACGGCAGGGUCCCUCACCUGCUGCGCUUGCUGCACCUGCUGCACAAGCUGCACACGCUGCACGCGCUGCACAAGCUGCACAUGCUACACCUGCUGCACUGGCUGUACAUGCUGCACAGGCUGCACAUGCUGUACAUGCUGCACCAGCUGUACAUGCUGCACAAGCUGCACAUGCUGCACUUGCUGUCGAGCCUCACGUGGCUCCGCUCUCCGAGCGCAUCUGGAGAACAGGCGCUUCAGCGGGCGUCGUUUUUAAUAUUUUUAUUUUGCGUGGACACCGCGGCAGUUUGUUUAAAUUAUAGUGCACCCAGACGAGGUUGUCGCGCUAAAUUAAAGGUGUUGUUGGUACCGAGUCGAGUGUGUGGUGGUGGAGGUAUUUUAAUUUAAAGAGAAUCAAAUUAAUAUAAUUAGGAUGAAUAAAAAAUUCUUGUAUUUUGAAUAAACGUUAGAAUUUUGUA